CUCAACCAUGUCGCCACUACGGUCCGCGGGGAUUGCUUGGUCGAAGAGGGGCACUGGAGCGGCGACGUGCGCGGCAAAGUUGAGUAGUUGAAAGGACGGAGCUUCCAUUUCUUGGUCCACGUCGAUCGGGUGGAAACCAGGGGCCUCCUCACUCUUGACUGCAUGCGGUGGAGCGCCAGCCUCGUUCGAUCCAUCCGACGCGACUGAUGACGGGCAAGUGUACCCUCCUGGGCUAUUCUCAUGCACUCCAGCUUCAUUCGUUGGUUCUUGAAUCGGUCGUAUAGUCGACGUGAGCCACUUGGCAUUGAUGAUGGCUACGGCCGUGUCGUCGGAGCGCCGACGAUGGUCGGUCAGACUGUCCAUUGUGUUGGUGGCCUUUCGCUUGAGUCGCAGCGGUGUUGGCCGGGACGAGCCGUGCGAGAUAUGGUAAAAGAAACUUCCACGCGGCUUUCGUAUGUGGUUGGUGGUGAAGGUUAUAGACGAGGGUGCAGUGAAUGCAAGUUCAUCAAGGGAUGAGUGACGGGCCAAGUGGAUGUGAUGCGAUGACCCAUCGUGUUCUUGUCUGUCGUGUGAUGGCGAGGCAUCGUGUGCGUUGGUCGAGAUCGUAGUCAUGGACGGUAGGGUCUCGUUCGAGAAAAAGUCGACGUGAACUUGUGCUGGACAUGCAGGGGCUCCCUGGGAAACAACGUCUUGGCUGUGGACGGUAGGUUGAAGUGAAAGUGUCGAGCCAUCGAUGAUGCCGUCGUGUACGGAAUCAGGUUGCCCAUUGGACUGUUCCGUGGUGGCUGGUAUAAACCGACGUUUCCUCGAUGACAUUGAAUCCUCCAUCGGUAGAGAAUUGAAGGUCUGCUUGUGGAUACUGGUGACCUUUGCCCGCAUCCGUUCCAGGGACGUUGGCCUGUUCUCCUUGUUGUCAACCACCUCGGGUUGAUUCACAACAGCCGUGAUGGUCGACAUGGGCUUUGUCCUCUCAAUGCUGGAUCCAGGAGUAUUCAUACCUUCACCGACGCGAUCUUCCAAAGCCUCGUUCGUGAUCGUUGUUGGUAUGGCUUGGGAUAACUGGUUGGAACUUCGCCCGCGUUUUGGUUUCAAUGGAAGGUUGUCGAGGUCGUCAUCAUCAUUGGAAUCACGAUCUACGUCUUGCGAGUUGGCCUGUGACGAUCGACGUAGCCGAAUGCGUUUCCUCGUUGGCUGCGUGGACGGUACAGUUUGGGAUAAGCGAUCAGGUGACACUUCCCUUUCGGUCAGACAUGCCGCGCAUGUCUUCCGCUUGUACGUGUUCAGCAACGUACACACCUGACACUCCCAUUCCUUGGUCCUCUGCAAUCGACGUCCUCGGCCUUCGCGAUCGCCGCCCUGGGACUGCGAGAAGUUCAUGUGACCGCGGUACUCCCGCGUGUACUUUUGGCGCGAUUCCG